AUGUCUGAUAGCAUGUUCUCUUAUCUCAACGCCACGAUAUACAGAAUAACUCUUCACCCAAACUUGGACUUCAGGAUCGCGAUCAUUCCAGCUAUUCCAGGAAGCGCUAUGAUUUAUUUCACGGAUGCGACAAUCCCGCUUAACGUCAGCAAUAUAAUACCUCCUGAUUCUCAAUUCACUAUCAUAGACUCAUAG